AUGGAUCAGGAUGGUAACACUCAUCAGGCAAUGGAGUUUUUGGGUAUUGCAAGGUAUAUGAUCAGGCCCGAUGAGGAUACGUAUGCAAUUUUGUUGGAGGGCUGGGCGAAUGAAGGGAAUGUGAUUAGUGCUACCCAAACUUUCGCUGAGAUGUUGAUGGAAAUUGGGUGGGAUCCCAGAAAUGUGUCGGCUUAUGACACGUUUUUGACUACUGUUAUUAAGGGUCCUGAUGGGAUUGGUGAGGCAAUGAAGUUCUUUGCUGCAAUGAAGGAAAGACAGUGUUAUCCAGGGAUGAACUUUUUAAAGGCUGCAAUCGAGGAGUGUGAGAGGAAGGGUGACGGAAAAGAUGCUCUUUUGCUUUGGGAGGCAAUGGUUGGUGGACAGGGUUGUAAACCUGAUACCGAGAUGUAUAAUUCGAUGAUUACCGUACAAUGUCACGUUAUGGACAGUGCUUUAGCUAAAAGGUUGUUGGAUGAGAUGGUGUAUAAUGGGGCAUUCCCGGAUUCUCAAACUUAUAAUGUAUUAUUCCACUUCGUCAUUAAGAAUAGAAGGUUAAAUGAGGCUUCACCAAUAUUUACCGAGAUGAUUAAAAACGAGUGUGUGCCAAGUCAUUCAAAUUGCAGUUUAGCAGUUAGGAUAUUUAUGGAGGGUGGAGACCCUCAUAUGGCCAUAAAAAUUUGGAAAUGUAUGAUUGGGAAUUACAAAUCUGACUUGAAGGAAACUGGCAAUUUGUUGGUUGUUGGGCUCCUUGAUGAUAAUAGGGUCCCUGAGGCAGUUAAGUAUGCUGUGGAUAUGAUUGAUCGAUGGAUCAAGUUGGACUCUUCUACAUUAUCAAAGUUGAAACAGAGCCUCACAUAUGCAGGAAAAGCAUUUGUUUAUGAUGUACUGUUGAGAAAGUGGAAAACUCGUUAG